UUAUUAACCAAAAAUGUCGUUCUUUGGAAAUGGUAUGCAAUCGCAGCAAGCGAUCAACCCUCAAAACAUUGCCAUGGCCGAGCAAGAGCUUGAAAUGGUGACGGAUUUGUUUAAUCGCAUUGUUGACUCGUGCUACACCAAGUGUAUCUCCAAAGAAUACGCUCAGAACGACUUGACUCAGGGCGAAUCGGUCUGCGUUGAUCGCUGUGUUGCCAAGUUCUUUGAUGUCAACACCAAGGUCGGCGAAAAGAUGCAAGAGAUGGGCCAACAACAUACGCCUAAAUAGAGGAUGAUACAGCGGAUAAUUACGAAAAGAAAAAACUCUUCUAUUCCCCAUCCAACACGCUUACACAUACGCACGUCAAACAACAACAACAACAAUAACAACAACA